CACUGUUAUCAUCAAAACUAAUGACCAGGCUGAUACAUAAAACCAGUCUAAAGACAAGUUUAGAUUAACCGUAGUUGCUACAUAACUCGGGUUCAAGAUAUACAAGUUGUCUGCAAAAUAAUUUGUGAAUAAAUCUGGUUUUGCGUAUUCCGAGUUUGCGUGGGGGUGACCUCGCUCUGACCUAUAAAAACUAUAUGAUCCCGCAAAAAAACUAACACAUCAACAAGAAGUAUCGGAAGAAAAUGGCGGCUGUGAGAGUACUUUUUGUCGUCGCCCUUGUUGGAUUCUUCGGGCCGGCCCUUACUCAAGAUGCGGUAAGUGGGGCUGGUGCGACUUUGGUGAGAGAACCCCGCGGGCAUAAAAAGAGGUUAUGCAAAAAGUAUGGUAUUUGCGGCCAGCAGGGUAUCGGAGGUUACCAGGGGUACCAACAAGGCCACCAGGGGUACCAACAAGGCCACCAGGGGUACCAACAAGGCCACCAACAGGGGUAUCCGCCGGUGAUUAACAUUGGUAUCAGCCAGUCUCAAUCCUCAGCAAGCGCUGGAGGCGGUAGUUACAGCCACGGGUACUAUCCUAAUAAUUAUCAAUACAACGGCCAUCAACCGGGAUACGGCGGCUACCACGGAGGCUUCGGAGGUUUUGGAGGUCAUCAAGGGUUCGGAAGACCAGGCUUCAGUAACGGCCAAGGAGGAUUUAACAACCAGUUUAAUGGGAACUACUACGGCCCAGGAGCUGGCAAUGGAUUUGGAUUCCCUGGACAAGGUGGAUACUUCGAUGAAGCUCACGAUGAGGGAUCACAUGAUGGUCUGAGUCAACAGGAGCAGAAUGACCAGGCAAUUUUCGGUGAUGAUCAUGGUCGACCAGAUGGUCUUCAUGAACAUGGACAAUAUGGUCAUGAUUAUACUGCUUCCGGUUCAUUUGCUUUUGCUGGUCGCAAAAAUAAUUAA